CGCCGCUUGCGCGCCGUGUCCCCGCCAAUUUGCUCGAGUUCCUUCCUAGUAUUAUGGAGCUUGAUUGUCGUGAUCCGGAUCAAAUAAUGGCAAGAUUGAGUCCAUGGAAACGAGGACGCUCUGAAUCAUGGGGUCCGUACCGAAUUGGUCUUCACUCGUUCGCAGAGAAGUUUGAUACUCAUACAGAGUCUAACAUAGACUUAGAUUUGGAUAUCAAAAAACUUGCUUUGAAAGUGUCUCCGUUCGUUGUCAGCCUUGUAUCCCUUACUGAUUGUGCUUUCCCGGGAAAAAAAUUCUGUUUAUUUCGUUAUCUAGGUGAGAAGCCACUAUUUAUGGGUUCUGGGACUAUCGCCGAGUCUGAAGAGGUUAAUGGUACAUACUUUGGUACCAUCUUAACUUCUGCUAGUCUACUUAGGACUUCUGCUGAAUCAGAUGCCAUACCUGAUGAUAUCAAGGUUAAUGUGCUUCUACGAGAUGGUACACUAUGUGAGGGCCAAGUGUUGGUGUACGACUGGCAUUACAACAUUGCUUGGAUUAAGAUUAAAUCUGAUGCACCGCUGGCGACCGCUACUCUGAGGCUUCUAGAUGAUACCAUGUGUGUAGAUCCAAGUGGAAUCCAGGACAAAGAGUUGGGUUCAAACAGUUUUCAGCUUCAUCCUCAUUCAGAUUUCUUCAAGCUUUGUCCUGGAGACAUGGUGGUUGCCGUCGGCCGCUACUUUCAGCCUCCCAAUGAGAUUAUGGCUGCUCCUGGUAGAUUCAGUAUUGACUGCUGUGACUUCGACUGUAAAGAGCUUUUCCGUGGAAACUGCAAAAUUUCAAAAUGCGGUAUUGGGGGACCCCUUAUAAAUCGUCAUGGAGAAGUCAUUGGAGUCAAUUUCUAUGACAAGCUAUGUACUCCUUUUCUUCCUAUCAACAUAGCUUCCAAAUGCUUGGAGCACUUCAAGAAAUACGGGAGAUUCUCUCGACCUCUGCUUGGAAUGGAAAUGACUAAUCUUUAUGCCGCAAGUUUACGCAACUUGGAUAGAAUUAACUUGAAGUUUCCGAAUGACUCCAACGGUGUCUUUGUUGAAAAGGUUAUAAAAGGGUCCCUUGCUGAAUGUGCUGGAAUACUGAGUGGUGAUGUUAUUGUUCAAUGUGCUGGCAACUUUGUCCGGAGUGUAUUGGAGUUCUAUGGAAUUUCCUUGGGCAAGUGUGGGGAAUCUGUGGAGGUGGUGGUGUUAAGAUCUAGAACCGGCGAUCGUUUGAAUCUGACUCUGAAGCUUGGCGAGACUAGCUCGAAUAAAAUUAAUAGAUGGCCCCUCCCCACAAUGUGCAAGGUACACGUUAAAAGAGUUAGGUAAUACAGUUGCUUUUGUGGAGCGGUGUUUUGUUAGACUGGAAAUUACAGGACAUAAAUCCUUCGAACUGUUGGAAGUGGGCAUCAACUAUGGGCAGUAUUUAUUGCUACCAUCUUAUGUAAUUUCCUGGUUUAUUGCUACAAUCCCAUGUAAUUUACUUAUUUAUUUCCCCCUUGCUAUGUAUGUACAGGAAUGCUUUUUCAAUUGGAGUAAUUGAGUAACUAGUUUCUGAAAA